GGGAAAUACACAUUAGCACAACGACACGCCAAUAUUUCAUAGCUACAAGUUUCCCUCAACAGCUUAUGGACUGAUUGCCUUUGACAAUCCUCUCUUUUGCACGUUUUCUCUGUCUCUCUAUUGUUAUUGUUAUUAUUCUUGCUACUGGAGAUCGUUAAUUUAUUUGUUUCUAUUGAUCCUGAACCGUUUUUGCUUCUUCGUUCUGACAAGAGUUGCUUUCCAUGGAGGGCAGCCCUGUAAACUCCGAAAAUACCCACAACCUGGAUUCUAGGGUUUCUGAUUUCCAUCGUCCCACCAAUUCUCCUCCUUCGGAUAAUGGGAAAAUUGGGAGCCAGAAAAUGAUUAGACCUGAAGAAAGUGAUACUGGGUUAUUUGAGGAGGGGAAUGAUGAGAAGAGAGAAGAAACAAAAAUUACCCAUCAAAAGCUAGGGAAUUACUUUUAUUAUGACUCGCCUCAUUAUGAAGAAACCGGGGUUUGGAUUCCUGUUUCUGUUCCGCCCAUGAUAGAAAUUAAUCGUGAAGAGUGGACGAAUAGAGGUGGUUUUCACUCCAAUGGUGGUUAUUUUCCUGAAGGUGAUAUGGGGUGGAGUCAGUAUAUUGGAGAAGACAAGGAGUUGACUAUGUGGGAUGUGAUUGUAGAAAUUUUACUUGCAGCUCGUGGAAAAGUGAAUGCAAUCGCUUCUGGUGAUUUACAGAGGUGUGGGAUUUCGUGGUUGUCCAGCCAUCUACUUGAGCAAGCUUGGCAAGAGAUGGCCCAAACUCUCACUGAGGCUAAUUUUGGUAACGUGAGUGAAAUUCUUGAACAGGACCCUCCUAAAUGGUUGCCUGAUAGCACUGCUGCUGCUUGUAUGCUUUGUGGUGUGCGGUUUCAUCCGAUUAUGUGCUCCAGGCAUCACUGUAGGUUCUGUGGAGGAAUAUUUUGUGGUGACUGCUCUAGAGGAAGGAGUUUGUUGCCAGUAAAGUUUCGUGUCACGGAUCCCCAGCGAGUCUGUGAUGUAUGUUGUGUGCGACUCGAGUCUGUCCAAACAUAUUUGAUGGACCAAGUAAGCAAUGCUGCCCAGCUACCAACCCAUGACCUGACAGACCUCAGCACUUUGAGAUCGUGGGUUAACUUUCCAUGGGGACAGACCAUGGAAUAUGAAAUUUACAAGGCAGCAAACACAAUUCAAGGCUAUCAUAAGGUAGGUUAUUUGAAACCCGAGAAGUCAAUUCCAGAUGCCAUUCUACGACGAGCAAAAGGCCUUGCAAUUAUUACAAUUGUGAAAGUUGGGGUGAUGGUCACAUAUAAUAUUGGAACAGGACUUGUAAUUGCUCGCAGAGAAGAUGGUUCAUGGUCCCCACCUUCUGCCAUAUCUACACUCGGUUUGGGAUGGGGAGCUCAGGCUGGAGGUGAAUUGACCGAUUUCAUAAUUGUGUUGAGAACUACUGAAGCAGUCAAGACAUUUUGUGGUAAUGCGCAUUUGUCAUUCGGUGCUGGUGUAAGUGCAGCAGUUGGCAUCGCUGGACGGGCAUUUGAAGCAGAUUUACGAGCUGGUGAUGGUGGAUAUGCUGCUUGUUAUACAUACAGCUGCAGUAAAGGAGCAUUUGUUGGAUGUUCACUUGAAGGGAGUAUUGUCACUACCCGCUCAAAAGAGAAUUCCAGAUUCUAUGGGAGCCAGUCUUUAUCUGCAUCAGAUAUACUACUUAGCUCGUUGCCCAGACCACCUGCCGCCGCAAUUCUGUAUCGUGCACUUGCAGAUCUAUAUCAGAAGUUCGAGAGGUGAUUUGUUGGAGUUCAUUGUCGAAAAUAUCUGGACACAAGUCAAUGUAAAGUAAAGAAAUCCCCGGUAUACUGCUUAUCCGUGUUUGCCAAGUCAUUUGUUGCCAUUCUUUGCUCUUCUGUAAUAGUUGAUUUGGGAGGGGGGGGGAUUCCCUGCAUGAAUGUAUUGUGUAGUAGUUGUAUAUGACAAAGUCGAUGACAUGCUUGGAUGUCUAACUGUACAUACAAGACCUUCAAUGCUUUAAUGGAAUUGAAUUUAUUUCCAUGCAAUAAAAAGAAGAUUGUUCUGCUCGAA